AUGCAGGCGCAGCUUGGUGCCCUGCGCGCCCGGCUGGCUGCCCUCAGCGCGGCGCUACUGGCAGCCGAGGGCAUCCCCAACCAGGCUGCCGCUGGCGCUGCCGAAACCGAGGCGGCCGGCGAUCGGGAGGCCUCGCUGAGCAACCCCCGAUCCCAAGCAUCCCUCGAGACGGCCCCCGAGGGCAACCGCCGCGCCGAGACAGAUUGCGGUAUGCUGCGUUCCAGGUGCGGGGCCGAGGCGGCGCGCGCCGCCGCAGCCCGGGCCGAGGCGGCCGAGCUGCGGGAGCGCCCGCGCGUGGCCGAAGAGUCGGUGUUGGGCCUCGCGGCGGUCGCGGUCGCCACGCGCGAGUCCCUGACCGCUGCGGUUGCGCAGCUGCAGCGCACCUCUGGCUGGGUGCUGGUGCCGCUGCCCUACCCGGCGGCAGGCAAGCACGUGCACCAGGUGCCCGCAGACGUGCUCCCGUGGCGGCCCCGGGCUAUGGAGGGCGUGCUGGCCCCCAACAGCAAGCUGCAGCAGGCGGCGCGCCUAUUUCAGGGCAAGGUCCAGGGGUCAGAGUCUGUGGCGGUGUCACCAGAGGGCAAGCUUGUCAUGCUCGACAAGUUCAACAAGGUCUGGGAAGCUUCCCCUCAGCCGGACGGCAGCUACGCGCUGGACGCGCGGCCGGUGGCCGACCUGGGGCCCGGGCGGCCGCUGGGGUACCACUUUGAUUCGCAGGGCGACCUGAUUGUCUGCGACUCAUUCAAGGUGCGGCCGCGGCGACGGCGGCGGCGGCGGGGGCUACCUCGGCCGUGGCCGCGUGCGGGGGGCGGCCAGGCGGGCAUGUGGUCGAGUGGUUGUGGGGGCUCCCUCGUGCUGGAGCCGCGGUUGGCGUACGUGCAGGGCUGGGUGGCGGGCGGCGGGCGGCGCAAGAUGGCUGCUGCCGCCGGCUCUCGGAACGCGCCAUCCGCCCAAUUCCUAUUGGGUCUCUUGAAGCUCGAGCGCCCCAGCGGCCGCGUGGAGGUCCUGACCAACCAAGUCAGCGCCAGCUCCCCCCUGGACCCGGGCAGCGACAUCCUGUAUGCAAAUGACCUCGACAUCGCCCCCGACGGCACGAUCUACUUCACCAGCUGCACCGACAUCCAGCCGCAGAAGAACCACCUGGGGUUCUGGGACACCUACAAGGGAUGGCUCCUGGAUGUCUCCCAGGGCCUCCCCCGCGGCCGCUUGCUGUCGUACGAUCCGGCAACCAAGGAGACCCGGGUCCUGGCGAAAGGCUUCUACUACGCAAACGGGGUCGCGCUGGCAGAGGACGGGUCGUAUGUGAUGGUGGUGGAGACAAACCGGAUACGCGUGCACAGGCACUGGCUGAGGGGGCCAAAGGCCGGCCAGACCGAGGUCGCCAUCGACCACUUGCCAGGCGUCCCUGACGGCAUCUCCCGCGCGUCGGACGGAAACUUCUGGGUGGCGGUGCUGUCGCCGGUCCCGCCCAUUGCUAAGUUCCUGCGGGAGCCGGGCGUGAGGGCCGCGUUUGCCUGGCUGCCCGAAUGGGCGCGCCCGAAGCUGAAGACGUGGGGCACCGUAAUCAAGAUCAGCGGCGAUGGGGAGGUGCUGCACCUGCUGCACGACCCCGACGGCAGCAGGGUGGCCUUUGUGUCGGCCGUGUCGGAGUCGGGCGGCCGCCUCUUCAUAGGAAACCUCGUGCAGGACUAUGUGAGCGUGCUGGACCUCGCCGCCGUCGGCGCAGCCGUCGGCGGCGGCGGCGGGCAUUGA